GUUGCAUUUGAUUGUAUUUGGACCCUUUAGUACAUUUGUCCCCUAAGUCAAUAAUGAUUACUCCGAUAGUAUGUUCCGUGUUGAUUCUCGCCAUAGGAAUACAAGCUAGAUCCAGCCCACAAGAUGUCAUCCCUAUUGUGCGCUACGAAUCAGAUGGACCAAAUGUUGACGGAUCAUACAAAUGGCUUUACGAGACCGGUAACCAAAUAAAUGCGGAAGAGGCUGGUUAUGUGAAGAAUUUCGGCAAGGGCGAGGGCCAAGAGGAGCAAGUCGCUAAUGGAAAGUUCAGUUACAAGGCACCUGACGGGUCUACAAUAACACUGCAGUAUGUUGCUGAUGCCAAUGGCUUCCAACCUAAGGGCGACCAUUUACCAACUCCCCCGCCGAUCCCACCGGCGAUUCAAAAAGCUUUAGACUUAAUAAAAAGUCUGCCAGCAAAACGAAGCAGCGGCGGCACUGGUCCAUACUACGGCUGAAGAUAGUCUGCACAAAUCAUUCGCUCUACGUCACAACCAUAUUAAUACAUGUAUUUAACAUAAUUGCUCUAUAUUUAAAUUAAUCAACAAAUCAAUGUACAU